GAUUGCGUGUAUUUCACACCUGUAAAAUUUUCUUUUCUUUUAUAAUUUUCUUUUCACUGUUUUGCUUGGUCGCCAAUUUUACUACAUUCUUGUAAAAUUUCAAUUUGAUCCCUUUGUUGUUAUCCUCUGGUUUCAUCACUGUCUCUCUCUCUCUUUCUCCCCUUGUUAUAUAAUUCCAUAUUCGAGAGAGAACCACAAAAGUAGUAAAAAGGGAGUGUAUGUGAGAGAAGAGAAGAGAAGAACUCAAACCCACCAUAAAGUUUUUACAUUUCUCCUCUUCAAAAAGUUUAAAGCUUUGAUUUUUUUGUAUAAAAGUCCCACUUAUAUCACCUCUCUUCUAGCUUCUCACACCAUUUCCAUCUCUCCCCCUCUCUCUCUCUUUCGUUUUCUAAGUUGCUUCAAAGGUUUUUGGGUAGUUAGUUGCAGAGAUGGGUUCGUAGACGUAUCUGUUCUUUUUGCGUGAACAAGUUGUCAGCUUCUUAUAAUUUUCUUCUUUUUGUGGUCAAGAACGUUACUUUCUCUAUAAACUUAAAUGGAGGGUUGUCAUAGAAACGGUGAAAUCGCUCCGAAGCUGCUUGACUUGAACUUGAUGAUAACACAAGAGAGCAGAAGACCAUGGUUUCACGACGACGAAAACUCUGUUUUCAAUACAGAGGAGAGGAAACUUGAGCUAAAGCUUGGACCACCUGGUGGUGAAGACGAACAUGCUUCUUCCAUAAUAAGACACUUCAAGAAAGAACCAAAAGACAAAUCUAUCCUCUCUCUCGCUGGCAAACACUUCUCUUCUUCUCCUUCUUCAACCAAAACCACAUCCCAUAAAAGAACUGCUCCUGGUCCAGUGGUGGGAUGGCCUCCGGUUCGAUCCUUCAGGAAGAACUUAGCAAGUGGAAGCUCUUCAAAGCUUGGAAACGACUCAACCACCUCCAAUGGUGUUGCCCUCAAGAACCAAAAGUGUGAUGAUGAUGCUAAGAUAAUGGAACCAAUGAGACAAGGAGGCAUGUUUGUGAAGAUCAACAUGUAUGGUGUUCCCAUUGGUCGUAAAGUCGAUCUCAGUGUGCAUGAUAGCUAUGAGCAGUUAUCUUACACAGUCGACAAGCUCUUCAGAGGUCUUCUUGCUGCUCAAAGAGACUUAUCAUCAUCUGUAGAAGAUGAGAAACCAAUCACUGGAUUAUUAGAUGGGAAUGGAGAAUAUACUCUUACAUAUGAAGACAAUGAAGGAGACAAGAUGCUUGUAGGAGAUGUCCCAUGGCAAAUGUUUGUGUCUUCUGUGAAGAGGCUGCGUGUGAUUAAAACCUCAGAGAUAUCUUCAGCACUAACAUAUGGAAAUGGUAAGCAGGAGAAGAUGAGAAGAUGAAGAAAAUAUCAUUUACAGCUUUUAAAGAAGUAGAGAGAUGUUAUUAAUUGCAUUUUGUCUUUAACCUUUGAUGAGAUUUUUUUUUGGUCUAGACGAGUUUCUGAUUCAAGUUUGAUGUACAUUCUGGUUUGUUACAUCCUUCUUUUCGCUUUUGAGAGAGAUAUCAUAGAUGAGUUGGGUUCUGUUGGAGUUCAAGACCAAACAAUGAAAUGAUGAUUUUGGGUCUUGAAAGUAAAUUUACAAACCCUUUUUAGGCAUUGUUCUCA